CACAGAAUGGAGCACUGGAACUCCACCCUGGAAGGUGGCUUCAUAUUGAUGGGGAUUCUGAAGGACAGUGGGUCCCCUGAGCUGCUCUGGGCCACACUCGCAGUUCUUUACAUGUUGGCUCUGACCAACAAUGGCCUGCUGCUCCUGCUCAUCACAGUGGAUGCCCGGCUCCAUGUGCCCAUGUACCUCCUGCUUGGGCAGCUCUCACUCAUGGACCUGCUCUUCACAUCUGUUGUCACUCCCAGGGCCCUCGUGGAUUUUUUUCUCAGUGAAAACAGAAUCUCAUUUGGGGGCUGUGCCCUUCAGAUGUUUCUAGCACUGACACUGGGUGGUGCAGAGGACCUCCUACUGGCCUUCAUGGCCUAUGACAGGUAUGUGGCCAUUUGUCAUCCUCUGAACUACAUGGUUCUCAUGAGUAUGUGGGUCUGCUGGCUCAUGGUGGCCAUGUCCUGGAUCCUGGCAACCCUGAGUGCUCUAGGACAUACCUUGUAUACCAUGCACUUCUCCUUCUGCAUGUCCCAGAAAAUAAGUCACCUGCUUUGUGAGAUCCCACCUCUUCUGAAGUUGGCCUGUGCAGAUACCUCCAGAUAUGAGCUUAUUGUGUAUGUGACGGGUGUGACUUUCCUCUUGCUCCCUCUUUCUGUCAUUGUUACCUCCUAUGCACUAAUCUUAUUUACUGUGCUCCACAUGCCUUCAAAUGAGGGGAGGCAGAAAGCCCUAGUCACCUGUUCUUCCCACCUGACCGUGGUUGGGAUGUUCUAUGGAGCUGCCACAUUCAUGUAUGUUUUGCCUAGUUCCCUCCACAGCCCCAAGCAGGACAACAUCAUCUCUGUUUUCUACACAAUGGUUACUCCAGCCCUAAACCCCCUCAUCUACAGCCUGAGGAAUAAGGAGGUCAUAGGGGCCAUGAAAAGGGUCCUAGGAAAAUACAGGCUGCAGACACACCCCAACUUCUAG